AAACAAAAAGUUACUAGUAUAAUGUAUAAAUCUCUAUAGAGAGGAAGAAAUAAAGAUUUAGUAUUAUGGCCAGUGGGUGGACAAAGUUAUUACAAUGCAAAUCAAGAGCAUUCGAAGAUGUUUACAAUCCAUAUCCAAAAAUUCUCUUACCCAGUGCUAGUUGUAGAAAAAGCGUUCAAAAUAUCAAUGAUAUCGUUGAUAUUCCAAAGCCCAAGUCCAAAAAACCCAAGCCCGUAACCACCGUUAAAUCAGGAGCCGCCACCAUGAACCGUUCCCGAAGCACCGUGGGAACUAGUUCAUCUUCUCGUGCAAUCACUGAACUUCCGGAGGGACAUUCAUCACGGAAUGUUGUGGAUAUUAUUUUCCAGACGAGCUGGGGUAAGGAGUUUCCGGGUCGGGUUGAAAUGAUAUUCAAGGUGGAGAACGGAGGACGAGCAAUGUCGCGGUUUGAAGAGUUUCGUGAGGCGGUGAAAGCAACUCGGGUAUCUGAGGGAAAGAAUUGGGAGGAAAAUGCGAGGUGUGUUGCGGAUGGGAAUGAGGUGAUGCAGUUUUAUUGUUUGGGUCCGGCUGAAGACGGCGGAUCCCACGGUGGUUGGUCUUUUCCGGAGAGGAAGGGGACGGCGAUACGGACGUUUUCAGGGAGUGGUUGUGCGCAUGAGAAUGGCGGGGGAGGGGAGGGUAGAUGGGCAAUGCUGGUGUGUCGGGUUGUAGCGGGUCGGGUUUUGAAGCAACUCGGGUAUUUGGACUCGUUGUUGGAUAAGCGAGUGGGGUUUGACUCAGUGAGUGGGGAUAAUGGCGAGUUGCUGGUGUUUGAUGCGCGUGCGGUGUUGCCGUGUUUUCUUAUUAUUUACAGGUUGUGAAAAUAAAGAGAAAUUAUUUGCAUGUCUCUUUAUUAAAUUUUUAAUAAAAAAAUUAUAUAUAUUUUCAUUAUUUGAGAUUCUGAAAUGCUUUUAUGCACAAUGGAUUAAUGGUCACAUUUUUUGUUUGUUUUGGGUUCUGGCUAAUAUUUUGGUGUAAUGUAAUU